UUGUGUCAUGUUCAAGAAGACGAGUCAGCGGCGACUUCUUAAGAUGGAAUAAGUUUCUCUCUGCCUAGCCCCCAUUUCGGUGGUGCUUCUAGCGUCGUCGGAGGGCGUGUGGAGGUUUGUCUCCGCCGGAUUUUGCAGGAUUUGGUCGGCGUUUGUCAUCGGUGGAUCCACUUAGAUCCGGUCUUUGUUCGUCUAUGUUUGCGUGUCUGGUUGGAUGCUUUUGAUCUAUGCUUCUCUUCAUCGUCGGCGGUUGCUGUUCUGGUGUGCUGGUCCUCUGAGACCUUAGCACGACGACUUCUCGACUGCCUACUACGACAAGGUUUGCCCGGCUCCGAUGAUGGCGGCACGCCUUCGGCUCGCUACAGUGCUUGUAGUCGUCGCUAUAUGGUCUAUGGAUUUGGAUGUAAUUUUUGCUUACAGUGUUUUUUGUACUACAAAUUGACGGAUGAUGAAUAGGUGGGAAGUUUUUCCCGCAAAAAAAACACAGCGAUUUUCUUUUUCAUUUUUUUCUUUCAAAAGGAUGAUUACCCAGGGCUCUAUCAGAUGAUGCACACAGCGAACAAAAAUGCUAGACGUACAAAAGAAUACAGGAUUUUACAGGCUCUUUUCAUCUAGUAACCAAUCACAAACUUGCCUCCCCUGAUUUUCAGGGGUGGUCCUGAUUGAAACGCUAUGGAGCGACAGGACGCUGAGCAUGCCUUCAUUUAAAGCAGUUGAAAGGGAGCAAAGCACUUUGUCGUCCGAGGAACAUCUUUAACAGAACGCGGAAGGAUAUUUAGAUAGUACAAACAGCACAGACUGUUCACUAAUGAUGUACGUAGUACCUAGCAUCAUUCCACCAUCUUCUCUUUCGAGCUGGCAAUCUGGUUUCUCAUCUCUGCCACAAAGAAAAGGAAGCUUCACACUCUGUCUCCUACAACAAGGGAAGAGCUCAAGCCGGGCGCCUACAAAUAUUAGAGCAGCCAGAACUAAUCCAUGAAGCAAAUAUACGUUGAUUGACCACCGGUGCCAUGGCUACUGCGUCCUUCGUCGCCUACCUCGAGACGCCUAGAGAGCUCCGGGUGCUGGGGUUCCGGGCGCCGCCCCCGUCUCCGGUCACCGGCGUUCUAUCCAACGGUGGCUCUGGAUCCCCUGAGUACGGCGAGUGCCCCGACGGCAACGAAGAUGACGAGGUCGGCAGGUUCCUGCGCCGCUCCGCCAGGGUCCCGGUGCUGCGGCUGCCGGAGAGGGACAUCCCACGGAAGAAGAAGAAUGAUAAGGCGGUGUGGGCUCCCCCAGUCAUCGACAUGCGCCUGCUGGCCACGCCGGAUACCGGUGGGCUAGUGGUGGAGACGCUGAGGUCGGCGGCCGUCGCGUUUGGCUGCUUCCAGGUGGUUGGCCAUGGGGUCAAUGAGUGCUUGGUCUCUGCUGCGGCGGGGAGGGCGAGUUCGCCUACGCCGGAGGAGGCCGGUGGAGAAGAUGACGAAGAUGGUGAGGAGCUGUGGUGGUCACCGAGCGAAGGAGACCAGUUGAGGAACGGAGCAGACGAUCUGUUCACCCAGCUGGAGCAAACCGCAGCUAAACUCAUGGACGCCCUGCGGGACAGCGUUGGCGCCACCGAUUCCCUGGCCGGAGCUGACACGAACGGCUCGCUCCUCUGCAUCCGCACGCACCACCGCCGGCAGUGCGAUGGCGGAAGCGGCUCUGUUGGCCCUAUCACUAUCAGCCAGGACGCCAUCCUCAGGAUGCUGAUCAAGAGCUCACGCCGCCCACGGGCUCUCGCUCUCCACCUCUGCCCCGGCGCCUCCACGUUCCACGUCUUCUCUCGGCAGCGGGGACGGUCCAGGUUCCGCCCCCUCGGCGGCGCCGUCGUGGUCACCGUCGGAGACCAGCUUCAGGCAUGGAGCAGUGGACUCUACAAGAGCGUGGCCGGGAAACCGGCUUACAGCGACGGCGAUCUCCGAGCAGACCGCGGCUGUGAUGUCGUCUGGGCGGAGUACCUCCACUCCUGCUCUUCGGCUAGCAUGGAGAGCGACGAGCCCCUGGACGCGGAUGCCGGAAAGAUCAUUCAGUUGAAUGUGCAGAUCAUGGUGGCAGCUUCCCUUGUACUCCUUUACCACUUUCUCCUGUCAUGCUCGUGUACGAUUUGGUCUUGAGAAGCUGCAGCAGGGCUUGUUGCCCUGACGAUGCAGCUCGGUUUUUAUUUCAAGUUCAGCUCGGCUUGUGGAAAUAGAUUUGGUGUGUCAGUUUCGGCGAGAAUAUUAUUUAGUACGGGACCAAAAGGAUAGGGUAGGAAGCAAGAACCUCUUUGGGGCUCUCACACGACCACAGGACCAGACAGGAGCACAGAACAUUUAAGUCAGGUGUUUCGACAUCUAAGUAUCACCUUACACUGCAGUCAAGAGUCGUCCGCUACACAAAGGAUUAACACGACUACAAAACAUUUACUACUGUACACACUAUUUUCUAUAAUUAACAGCCACAGGCAGAAACAUCUUCACAAGAACACGCUAGGCCGCAUUCACAACUUGCCCACGAACACAAAACUACCACUGAGCUGGAUCAAAAA